AUGUGUUCGGGCAUUGCCGUCGUACGUAUCAGAGACUCUCAAGUCCGAGGGUUUGAGGCUCCGGGGGCGGCUGUUGCGUUCCGUUACGAAUCCACAGGGUCAGAUUCAGGAUCGGAUAAGGGGGUACAAGUCAAUGUCAACAACCAAGCUGUCAAAGCCUCCUCACAGGAUUCUCAAGCCCAAAUUAACAAUGCUUGGCUAUGCGCAAUGCGCCACAAAAUGGAGGUUGCUACACUAGGUUCACGAGGACGUGAAGCUGGAGAAAGAUAUGUCCGAGAUGUGAUGCCCCCAUACGGCGUCUGGGCGUAUCAGUCCGAUCCCGGGAACAUCCCUUCUCGCAGACCCAGGUCCGCAGUCCUGGGUCGGAUCGGGCGCGCCUUGUCAAAUCUCAAAAAAAAAGGGCCUCAAUUUGGGAACCUCUUGCGACGUUUUGGGUGGUGA